UAAAGGGAGACUCCAGGGUGUUCAGAGAUCAUUCAGGUCACUCACUGCUCCAUCCUCCAGUUCCUCCUCACCUUCUGGACGUGUGUGAACAGUCCCAACAAUGAUGGCAUAACCAGGAUCAGGUUGAUGGUCACAUGACAGUCACCGUAGGAUGGCGUCUCCUGCGCGGCCGCUGACUGAUCUGGAUUUUUCUUCCGGGUGUCGCAUUGAGGAGCUAAAUAAACUUCUGGAGGAGCUGGAGAGAAGAGGGAGCAUCGCUCUGCAGGGGAAGGAGGUCAUCCAGACCUGUGUACAAGCAAAGGACCUCAUCUUCUCCCUCGUAGCUCAGGUCCAUCCAUUGCCGUCUCCCAACGCGUUUCUCCUCCUGUCUGGUGGCCUGUGUUCCGGUUCCAUCGAUGUGUCUCCCACGGACUUGGGGUCCACCUCCCCCAUUAUAUGUCCCUCUAUUUCUUACACAUUAUUAGUACCCAUCAUCCGCCUUCCAUCCCCUGACCUUCUUGUACCAUGCAGCCCAUGUCACUACCUUGUACCCCCCUCAGCCUGGGACCCUGCACCCCUGUUGUCUGGACCCCACACUUCACAGGUCUCUCCACAUGAUGUGUCCCUGUGGUUCAGUACUGCCCUCCUGUCUGUGGAGUUCAGCCUAUCAGAUUCCUCUUUGCCCCUGUCCUUGGAACGGGCUGAGCCCUGGGGUAACAGCAUCUCUCUCCUCCUGUCCACCCCUAGUUUGUUCAUUCGUUUUGACCUUGUUCCUGUGGUAGAAGUCCAUGGUUGGCCCCAAGGGGUCCAGUACCUGGAUGAUUGGGUAGCAGAGGACGGGUUGCCUCCUAAGGUUUUCCACCUUUUUCCUUGGGGUCCUGGUGGACAGUGGCGUGUUGGCUUCCCGGGUGUGGAGCUGUAUAUGAGAAGAUUCCUGCACCCUGCCCUUUCCCGUGUUCUCAGAGCCUCUACAGCUGUCCUGGAACAGAUUCUGCAGAAAGAUGGGGCCCCUGGGCCCUAUAUUGUGUGGGUGACCCUCCUGCAGGCCUGUCAAAGAUUGCCACGGGGCUACCUGAGUCAGGGGCACAAUGCAGCCCUGUGCUUCUUGGGGCUCUUGGAGGAGCUGUCCCGCUUGUUUCUCAGGGGAUCCUGUCCUAACCCAUUCCUGCCUGGGUGUGACCUCCUCCUGGGCAGCACCCAUGGGCCUUGCCUGGCACAACGUAUUUCUGAGGUGAGAGCUCAUCCGGCCCGAUACCUGCGGGCAGUGAUUAGAGAGGCCAAGGAGGUGGUGAAAGGGGGUGACAAGGUGGAGAAAGAGGAGACAGAGGAGAAGGAGGAGAGGGGCUCAGGGUGUUACCCCAGCUAGCGGCAUUCUAUCCUGUAAUGUAGCAGAGCUGAGUUUGUAGUGUUAUAUAAGACUGUAGAUAUUUCUAUGUCAAGAGUUGCACAAAUAUUGCAGCUUUAAAUGAUAAAUUCCACUCUGCUAUGUCUACCCGCAGUAGAUUCUGCAAUGCUCUGUAAGAUUUGGCUCCUUUGUCUGCAGAGCAUGUGUAGCGUAUUUUACAUAUUUCUCCGUUAACCUCUCAUCUGCCAGUCACUGCAAAGUAUCCCAUCAUUAACCCCUGUGGUGCUGGAGAUCUGCAGAGUGGCUGCACAUGAAGGAUUCUCCUCACGUCCUGCUCAUGCUGCCCCCUCUCUUAAUUUUGAUCAAUUUUCUGAUUAGCUCAGUGGCUGGCAGCGGCAGGGUGUAUAUAUUAUUAUAUCUGGCAGGACACAGAGAGAGACGUCAGGCAGCCUAUAUAUCUAUAGUGGACACACCCAUCAUCUGCAGAUCUCUGCAUAUAGAUGUUUCCCAGUGUAGAGGACAGAGCGGUCACCCCCAAUGUGGACACUACCCCUUGCCCCCCCCCCACCCAAUGUCAGUCACCUGCCAGCACCGGCCCAAGGACGCCGCAUCCCUCAUCCCGCAGAAUGCUGACACAACCGUUCUUAUGUCUGGCUAGAGGUGGCAUGUUUGUGUGUUCUGCUCCGCCUAUAGAUCUCCAGCGUCCAUGGAUCCCCUUUAUAGUUCCCAAGCCUGCUUAUAGAUCUUCAAUGUCUUCAGGUCCCAACGAUAGAUCCUCAGCCUGCCCACAGAUUACCCAUUUCUAUGGAUCCCCAUUAUAUAUUCCCAGCCUGCCGAAAGAUCAUCAGUGUCAAUGGAUCCCUAUUCUAGAUCCCCAGCCUCCCUACAGAUCUCCAAAGUCUACAGAUCUAUAUUAUAGAUUGCUAGUGUUUACAGAUCCACACUAUUGAUCCUAAAGGGGUAUUCCAGGAAUAAAAAACAGGCCUUUUUUUCUUUCAAAGAAAGCGCCCUCCUUGUCUCCAGGUUGAGUGCGGUUCUGCAGCUAAGUUCCAUUGAAGUGAAUGGAGCCAAAUUGUAAUGGGAGGCGCUGUCUUUGAAAGAAAAAAGACCUGUUUUUUUUAUUCCUGGAAUACCCCUGUAUUCCACUUUGAAAUUGCAGGCAGAAAUUCCGCUUAGGAAAAUAUAUAGUAUAGUGAAUGGGUUUUCCGUUCACAAAUUCACACUUCGGAAUUUUGGAAGCGGAAUUUGUGAAUGGAAAAUCCGCUUUAAAAUUUCCGCCUGAAGAAUGGCGUUGCUCAUUCUUAAAACGGAAAUACUUGCAGAACACAUUGCAGUCUAUUGGGGACUGCAAUGUCAGUGCGGUCCUAUUGCCGACAGAUUCAGUCGGCCGCACUUGGAAUCUCAGGGCAGAAAUUUUCAGUCUGUAGAUUCCGUAGUGUAAACCUAGCCUUACUGUGGAUUCCAUGUCUGCCUGAAGUUCUCUAUUCCAUGGAGAAAGUGCUAUGUAAUAUAGACUUGACAGUAGAAACAAAGACCGCGCAGUCUACAUGAAGGUGAGCGGCUGGUGGUGGUGAACAGUUCAUGCACAGUUGCUGGCUGGUCGUGCUUAUUUGCAGAAAUGUAAGUGUUAACAUCAAAUCCCAAUGUGUCAAAGAAUGACAAAGGCACUCACCAUGUGUUGUGUGGCUUCUUCUUUUAUUACUCAGUACAUCAGUGCAGGAUAAGGCGGCAGCAUGCCAUUGCAAGUGCAAGACACCAGUGCGUUUAGAUUGGUGACAGCUGUUUCCUUCCCAGAGGAACUUCAACGGCCCACUGAAGUCUGCUGCCUUAUCCUGAGCAAUAAAAGAAGGAGCCACACAGCACACGGUGAGUGCUAUGUAAUAUAGAUCCCCAGUUGUAGAUCUCCUGUACCGGCUUAUUGAUACCUAGUUCUAUGAAUCCUAUAGAUAACAACUCUGUAUAGAUUUCCUCUCAGAUUUACAGUCGUUAGAUCUUUUGGUGUAGACCCCCUGCCUGUGGACCACCUGUCUGGAGAACUUUUCUUUAAAGCUGUCCUUUAAAAAGAGAAUUUCUGACAUGUAUAUCCUCCUGGCUGAGGAUCUGGGGCCCCGUCCUACAGUCAAUCCUUCUUGUGGACUCUAAUGCUGAGCACUGAAGCCCCCAAAACCCCUUUGAGAUGUCAAUGUGUCCCUCACCUCCCUCUGACCCAUGGACAAUGCUACACAAGGAAGAAGCUGGCACACGCCCCAGCGCCUGACCCUCCCCGCUGUCCUUGUGUGCGGCAAAGCUCUGCCAAACUGGCCCCCGGCCCAUCCCAGAAAAUACACUUUUAAUAAAUGUGUCAAAUUGAAAACGGUGCAGUGUGGUGACAGAUAUAGCAGAGAGGAGUACAGGGCGACUGUGCUGAGGGGAAGCUGCAGGAAUUGCUGAUAUAAAAAGGACACUAUGGGGGUGAAGUGUAGAGAGGGGGGUGGGUGUGUGUGUGUGUGUGUGAGAUGUAUGUGUCUGUGUGCCUACAGAAGGCUGAGCCUUGUUGUGCACCUCAGCCCCGUCACGGUGAUAGGGUGAGAAUCCUACACUUCCUUAGUCUGGUGCAGAGGUGAUGGUUUCCCCAGGUCAUACACUAGUUUAGUAUUCUAGCUGAUGGUUCGGUGGACGACUUCAGGACUUAAAGGACAACUGUAGUGCAAGACUUUUAUAUAUUGCUGUGCCCGGGCUGCAAAAAUAAAA